AUGACAGCCUCCUUGGUUCUAAACCCUCGCUGGCCAGCGGACACGGUAAUGUUUGUGUAUGACAACAACCUGGACGACCUGAACAAGAACAUGGAGGGGCUGGUCGGCAGCGGGAACUUCGCUGCGAGCCAGUGCCGUAACAUUAUGGCGCACUCGGCGGCCGCCGCUGCUCUGGGCGGCCACCCGUCCGGUCUGGUGCACUCUUCGGCGGGCUACCCCACAGUAGAGGUGUCCGCUUCAGGCUCCAGCGACACAGGCGCGUCAUCAGGGAAGCAGUGCGCGGCCGGGCCGUGUCCGGCGGCCGCCGUACCACAUCAGAGCUCCUCGGCCGCCACCGCCUUACCGUACAGCUACUUUGGGAACGGCUACUACCCGUGCAGGAUGGGGCGGGGUUCUCUGAAGUCUUGCACCCAGGCGGCGGGAGCAGCGCUCAGUUCGCAGUACAUGGACACGACGGUGAACUCUGACGAAUAUCCAAACCACCGGGCCAAAGAGUUCGCCUUUUACCACGGCUACCCGAGCCCGUACCAGUCCAUGGCCAGCUACCUCGACGUGUCGGUGGUCCAGACCCUGGGCGCCGGAGAGCCGCGCCAUGACACCCUGCUCCCCAUGGACAGCUACCAGCCCUGGGCUCUAACCAACGGCUGGGGGGGACAGAUGUACUGCUCCAAGGACCAGGGACAGGCUGGACACCUCUGGAAGUCCGCCCUGGCUGAUGUGGUGGCUCACCAGCACGACGGCUCGCCUUUCCGCCGCGGCAGAAAGAAGCGGAUACCGUACACUAAGCUCCAGCUCAAAGAACUGGAGAAAGAGUACGCAGCCAACAAGUUCAUCACCAAGGACAAGAGGAGGAAGAUCUCGGCCGCGACCAACCUGUCGGAGAGGCAGAUCACCAUCUGGUUCCAGAACAGGAGGGUGAAGGAGAAGAAGUUCGUGGCCAAAGUGAAGACCAGCGCUCCGUAG